AUGGCUUGCCUUUGGAAGCAACAUCAGUUAUACUGGCGUAAUCCUACUUAUACUGCAGUCAGAUUUCUCUUUACAGUAUUCAUCGCGUUGGGCAUGGGGACAAUGUUCUGGGAUCUUGGUACUAAAGUAGGUAAGAGCCAAGAUCUAUUUAAUGAUAUGGGAUCAAUGUAUGCUCAUAUACUCUUCCUUGGUCUUCAACAUACAUCAGCAGCGAUUCCUGUUGUAGCAGUUGUUUUCAUUGAAAUUCCAUAUAUCUUUGUGCAAGCUGUUUUCUAUGGUGUCAUUGUCUAUGCUAUGAUUGGAUUUAAAUGUACAAUAACCAAGUUCUUUCGGUACUUGUUCGUCAUGUUUUUCACUCUUUUAUACUUCACCUUCAAAGCUAUGAUGUCCAUUGCUGUUGCGCCAAAUCAAAAUAUCGCACAUAUUGUGUCUCUUUUCUUCUAUGCAAUGUGGAAUCUUUUCUCAGGAUUUAUUGUUCCACGACCACAUAAUACACAAGGAGUAUCAUAUUAUGUAACUGAAUUAUCGCUUUUGACAAAUAUUCUUAUGCCGCUUAUGCAAAAUCGUGUGCUGUUGUAUACCCUCCCCUUUGAUGGGUCGUAUACGGCUCAACAAAUUUGGUAG